UCGUUCUUUACUUCAUAAUAUAGGUAUUAGUGUGCCAUCUCUUAUGGAAAUGCAUUGUGACAAUCAGACAACUAUUUUUAUUGCUUGUAAUUCGAUUUUUCAUGAGAAGACUAAACAUAUCGAGGUAGAUUGUCAUUUUAUUCGAGAUCCCUUGAUGCGCAUGGAGAUUAUCACACCAUACAUCAAGUUUAGUAACCAGCCGAGUGAUAUUCUUACCAAUCUGUCUUCACUAAUCUUUGUUCCAAGCUGAACAUCUUUGAUCUUUAUGCUCCAGUUUGAGGGGGAAUGUUAGAGUUCUUAUUUUAUAUUAUUAGAAGUGUUGGAUAAUAAUGUGAUUACUCAUAAUGUCAGUUUAUUAUAAAUAAGAUAUUGUAGGGCAACAUAACUUUCAGAUUAUUCUCAUCUUCUCUCAUUCUAUUCCUUUCUCUUUAGCUCAUUUCUUCUUCUCUCCGUCUUUUAACAUAGUUUUGUAGUUUUUACUUCUUAACUAAUCCAUAACAACAUUUUUGCUUUGAUGCCAUAUUGCUGUCAUUUGUUUCCUUCAAACUAUAUAACUAUCACAACCUGACAAUGCUGAUUUUUCCCCUCGGACGUGGGUUGUGUUUUUUUGCUUGAAAUGUGCUAUACAUGUUUCACUUUAUUUCUUCAGUGUAUGUGAUCUUCUCUUCUUUUUUUUUUUUUUCUCUGGAUCUUGAAGUUGGUAUGUGGUUAAAAGGUUUAAAAUUUGUAUUUGGCAUACAGGGGCUUUUAAAGGAGGGUUUGGAUGGUAGAAAGCAUUGGGCAUAUGGAGGUGACUUUGGAGAUGCCCCUAAUGAUUUGAACUUCUGUCUGAAUGGCCUUCUGUGGCCAGAUCGAACUGCUCAUCCUGCACUUCAUGAGGUUAAGUAUGUCUAUCAACCAAUCAAGGUUUCAUUCACAGAAGGCACAAUUAAGAUCACCAACACCCACUUUUUUGAAACAACGGAAGCAUUGGAAUUUAGCUGGACUGUUCAUGGUGAUGGCUACCAACUUGAUUCUGGAAUUCUUCCUGUCCCAAUGAUAGAACCCCAGAGUGCUUACGAAAUAAAGUGGGAAUCGGGUCCAUGGUAUUCUCCUCGGGCAUUGUCUUGUGCUGUUGAAACUUUUUUGACAAUUACUGCAAGUCUUUUGCACUCCACACGCUGGGUUGAAUCUGGUCAUGUUAUUUCAUCUACUCAAAUCCAGUUGCCGGUGAAAAGAGAAUUGGUUCCUCAUGUCAUCAGAACCAAGGAUGCCCCUCUACUUGCUGAAACUCUUGGCGAUACGACAAAAAUUAGCCACCGGGAUUAUUGGGAGAUAAAAUUUAACAAUCAGACAGGCACCAUUGAAAGCUGGAAGGUUGAAGGAGCUUCGGUAAUGCAUACAGGCAUACUGCCAUGCUUUUGGCGAGCACCAACAGAUAAUGACAAAGGGGGAGGUGAAAGCAGUUACUUCUCCAAGUGGAAAGCUGCUCAUCUUGAUGAUGUAUUAUUUUUAAGUGAAAGCUGUUCUAUUCAAGGUGUAACAGAUCAUCUCAUGAAAAUAGCAGUUGUCUUUCUUGGUGUGGCAAAGGGUGAUGAGAGUUCAUUCCCUCAGUCAGAAAGAUCAAAUGUUCUGUUCAAGGUUGACAUGACUUACUCAAUCCAUGGUUCUGGAGAUGUUAUAAUAGAAUGCAAUGUCAAGCCAAGUUCCGAUCUUCCACCUUUGCCGCGUAUCGGAGUUGAAUUCCAUUUGAACAAAUCAAUGGACCACAUCAAAUGGUAUGGAAGAGGGCCAUUUGAAUGUUAUCCAGAUCGAAAAGCAGCUGCCCAUGUGGGGGUGUAUGAGCAGAAUGUAGGUGACAUGCAUGUUCCUUAUAUUGUCCCUGGGGAAUGUUCGGGUAGAGCAGACGUUAGGUGGGUGACAUUUCAAAACAAGGAAGGUUGUGGAAUCUAUGCUUCCAUGUAUGGAGGCUCUCCUCCUAUGCAAAUGAAUGCAAGUUACUACUCCACGGCAGAGCUUGAUCGGGCAACACACCAUGAGGAACUUAUCAAAGGAGACAAUGUUGAGGUGCAUCUUGAUCACAAGCACAUGGGUGUGGGUGGAGAUGAUAGCUGGUCCCCAUGUGUCCAUGACAAAUAUCUGGUUCCUGCUGUGCCGUAUUUAUUCUCCAUCAGAUUGUGUCCGAUCACUGCAGCCACCUCUGGCCAUGACAUCUACAAAUCCCAGCUCUAAUGAACGCAUUACUACAUAUGAAGUUGCGUAUCAGCAUCAAUGAACUUGGUUUUGUAAGUUGUACUUUGCAAAAGUUUAACUAGAACUGAUGAACCACGCAACGCAAUGAUAUGGGAUGAUAAACUAUUUGGCAACUCUGGAUCAUUGAGUGGAAAAUAAGAGCCAAUAUGUUGAACCCCCAAUCAAUGAUUUUCGUUGAAGAAGACUUUCAUUUUCAUUGAUCUCUGAACAGAAACAUGGUUAUGGGCAUAGAGAUCAAUCUCUCUCCAAAUGCCUGAUGAAACAAAAAUGUUACUCUAAUUGGAGUUUCAGUGGGAGCUGUACUAUUCUAAGCUCUUUGGAUUUCUUCAGGUAGUGUAGAGCCUUGUUAUGGUUAAAAUUACUGCUUACAGAUUUGUGAGUAGUUUUUUUGGGAAGGUAGAUUUGUCAGUACUUACUGUGUUGGAAACUUGGAAAAGCAUGCUCAGUGCGUUGCAGUGAUGCUAGCCACUCUUUAUUUCAGUAUUUGGAUGGAUAUGUAAUUAUGACCUCUUUAAGUGUCAUUACUUGGCUUAGUUAGUCCUUGUGAAUAAA